GAUUUCUACUUCCGGUUCCCGGGACUCGGGUGUGUUUUUUUAUUUUUCCUCUAGCCGGAGAGACGCAAAGGGCAUGAGGACGCCGGAAGGGGGAUUUUAUUAAUCUUAUUACAGUUAAAACUCGGGUGUGCAAAGAAUUCUGCUCAACCGGAAACUCAAGCUUGGAAAGAAAAUCUGUCGGAUCUCGCCGUCGGCCUGUGGAACCGGAAACCGUAAAAAUCCGUCUGAAAGACUUGCGCCUGGGGAUCCGGGAGGUGACGUGGUGGCGUUGUUCUGUGCCGGUAGCUGGAACACCCGGGAAUACGCGCUGUUGUUUGAGCGUGAACGCUCUGUCGCUUUUAUCGGACUGCGAUGCACCGCUUAAGGACUUGUGCGGCGCGGCUUCGGCCGAUCACGGCCUCACAGACUGCUAAGACCCCGACACAGCAGAGGCCCACGGCCACAUUCAGGACGUUUCAGCCAAUCAGGCGCUACACCGCGCCGGUGGCCGCAGAGCCGUUUCUGAACGGCACGAGCUCGAACUAUGUAGAGGAGAUGUACUACGCCUGGCUGGAGAACCCCAAGAGCGUGCACAAGUCUUGGGACAUUUUCUUCAGGAACGCUAAUGCUGGGGCUCCCCCGGGCACCGCCUACCAGAGUCCUCCUCCGCUGGGCAUGGGCCUGGCCGAGCUGACUCAGGCCCAGUCUCUGGUCGGUGCUCAGCCCAACGUGGAGAAGUUGGUGGAGGACCAUCUGGCUGUGCAGUCGCUCAUCAGAGCUUAUCAGAUCCGGGGUCACCAUGUCGCUCAGCUGGACCCUCUGGGGAUCAUGGAUGCCGAUCUGGACUCGUGCGUCCCCACCGACAUUAUUACGUCUUCGGAUAAACUCGACCUUACACAUUUCAAGGAUCGGCUAAGUGUUCUAACCGUCGGAGAGUGUGGCUACCAUUCUGACUUAUCUCAGAGCUUUAAAAGGGGAUUCUACGGAUUGGAGGAGUCGGAUCUGGACAAAGUGUUCCGCCUGCCCACCACUACCUUCAUCGGGGGCACAGAGAGCGCUCUGCCUCUGCGGGAGAUCAUCCGCCGCCUGGAGAUGUCGUAUUGCCAGCACAUAGGAGUGGAGUUCAUGUUCAUUAACGACCUGGACCAGUGCCAAUGGAUCCGUCAGAAGUUUGAGAGUCCCGGGGUCAUGCAGUUCAGCCUGGAGGAGAAACGCACACUGCUGGCCCGCACGGUCCGCUCCACCAGGUUUGAAGAGUUCCUCCAGAAGAAGUGGUCCUCAGAGAAACGUUUUGGCCUGGAGGGCUCCGACAGCCUCAUCCCCGCCCUCAAAACCAUCAUCGACAAAUCCAGCGAGUGCGGCGUGGAGAACGUCGUCAUGGGAAUGCCGCACAGAGGACGACUGAAUGUGCUGGCCAACGUGAUCAGGAAGGAGCUGGAGCAGAUCUUCUGCCAGUUCGACUCCAAGCUGGAGGCUGCAGAUGAGGGAUCAGGAGACGUGAAGUACCACUUGGGCAUGUACCACAGGAGGAUAAACCGUGUGACGGACAAGAACAUCACUCUGUCUCUGGUGGCCAACCCAUCUCACCUGGAAGCCGUGAACCCGGUGGUGCAGGGCAAAACCAAGGCCGAGCAGUUUUACUGCGGAGACAACGGGGGCAACCGGGUGAUGUCCAUUCUGCUGCACGGUGAUGCCGCGUUCGCCGGCCAGGGCAUCGUCUACGAGACCUUCCAUCUGAGCGACCUGCCAUCUUACACUACACACGGCACAGUGCACGUGGUCGUCAACAACCAGAUUGGCUUCACCACUGAUCCCCGCAUGGCCCGCUCCUCUCCGUACCCCACCGAUGUGGCGCGCGUGGUGAACGCGCCGAUCUUCCACGUUAACGCGGACGACCCGGAGGCCGUCAUGUACGUGUGCAACGUCGCCGCUGAAUGGCGAGCCACCUUCCACAAAGACGUCGUGGUCGACCUGGUGAGUUAUCGGCGUAACGGCCAUAACGAGAUGGACGAGCCCAUGUUCACACAGCCGCUGAUGUACAAGCAGAUCAAGAAGCAGAAGCCGGUGCUGCUGAAAUACGCGGAGAAACUCAUCGCUGAGGGAGUGGUCACACGCCAGGAGUAUGAGGAGGAGAUUGCCAAAUACGACAAGAUCUGUGAGGAGGCUUACGCUCGCUCUAAGGACGAGAAAAUCCUCCACAUCAAGCACUGGCUGGAUUCCCCUUGGCCUGGUUUUUUCACACUGGACGGCCAGCCCAAAAGCAUGACCUGUCCUUCUACAGGAUUGAGUGAGGAGGAGCUGACGCACAUCGGUCAGGUGGCGUCAUCCGUACCUGUGGAAGACUUUACUAUUCACGGGGGUCUGAGUCGGAUCCUGAAGGCUCGAGGUGAGAUGAUCCGGAACCGGACGGUGGACUGGGCUCUGGGAGAGUACAUGGCCUUCGGUUCUCUUCUCAAAGAGGGGAUCCACGUGCGUCUCAGCGGCCAGGACGUGGAGAGAGGAACCUUCAGUCACCGUCACCACGUCCUCCACGAUCAGAAUGUGGAUAAGAGGACGUGUAUCCCCAUGAACCACAUGGCCCCGAACCAGGCUCCCUACACCGUGUGCAACAGCUCGCUGUCCGAGUACGGAGUGCUGGGUUUCGAGUUGGGCUUCGCCAUGGCCAGUCCGAACGCUUUGGUUCUGUGGGAGGCCCAGUUUGGAGACUUCCACAACACGGCCCAGUGUAUAAUCGACCAGUUUAUCUGUCCCGGACAGGCCAAGUGGGUCCGCCAGAACGGCAUAGUCCUGCUGCUGCCGCACGGCAUGGAGGGCAUGGGUCCCGAGCACUCGUCAGCUCGCCCCGAGCGUUUCCUGCAAAUGUGCAACGACGAUCCUGACGUUUUCCCUAAAAUCACGGACGACUUCGCUGUGCGUCAGCUGUACGACUGUAACUGGAUCGUGGUGAACUGCUCCACUCCUGCCAACUUCUUCCACGUGCUGAGGAGGCAAAUCCUGCAGCCGUUCAGGAAGCCUCUCAUCGUUUUCACUCCCAAAUCUCUGCUGCGCCACCCAGAGGCCAAGUCCAACUUUGACCUGAUGCUGCCUGGCACCCAUUUCCUGCGUAUGAUCCCAGAGGAAGGUCUUGCAGCCCAGGACCCAGCUGCGGUGAAGCGUCUGAUCUUCUGCACAGGGAAAGUUUUCUACGAGCUCAAGCGCGAACGCAAAACCCGUGGCCAGGAGAACACCGUGGCCAUCGCACGCGUCGAGCAGCUCUCUCCAUUCCCCUUCGACCUGGUCAAGGCCGAGACGGAGAAAUACCCCAACGCUGACCUGGUGUGGUGUCAGGAGGAGCAUAAGAACCAGGGUUACUACGACUACGUGAAGCCUCGCAUGCGCACCACCAUCGACCGCUCCAAGCCCGUCUGGUAUGCUGGUCGUGAACCUGCUGCUGCCCCAGCCACCGGCAGCAAGAACUCCCACCUCCUGGAGCUGAAGCGCUUCCUGGACACUGCCUUCAACCUGGACGCCUUCAAAGAUCACAUCUAAGCUCUCAUCAGACAGAAAUGCUUCGGUUUUACCCCACCUGCUCCAAAAACGUGUCCAGUCAGGUCUUGUUACUGCGUCAAACGCUGCUUUCUCCAUCGCGUACAUCAUCUCACACACACACGCUUCAUCUUUCUCGCUCGUACAUUUAUACACACAUACACAACCUAGCAAUGAAAGGUAGUUCUCUAAAUGCACUGAGCACGCUUCUUUCCGUCCCACACGCACACCUCGGCUCAUUACCCUUCUGGAUUUAUUAUUAUUAUUAUUAUUAUUAUUGUUAUUAUUAUUCAUUUUUUAAAAUUACAGACGUGUUCCUGCAAAAAAGCCACAAAUAACAGCACAAGCGUACAUCCUAUACGGCUAAUGCUGGUGUGAUGGUUACACACAACCAAAGCACAGCUGGUGACUGAUUUAAAAAGAAAAGGAAAAAAAGAUGGAGGUGGUUCAUGCCCCCUGUGGCUUUUUAUUCAUCGGAGAAGUUUGUUUUAGGUUUAGAGGCUUUUUGUUUUUGUUUUUUUGUUUUUUUUGGUGGCGCCCCCUUAUUCUUCUUCUUCCGGUUUUUAUACAAGUAUUAGACGAUAAUAGAUGCGAAGCUGUUUUUAAGACUUACGAAAGUGGUAUGUGAUUUACAAUGGAUGUAAGGAAGUAAAGGAAGUGGUCAAAAAAAACAAAACGAAAGUCCGAUUGUAAAAUACGACAAAUCUGAUCCAGUGCUCACGCUAUCAGAUAUAGGAUAAUCGGAUAUCAGAUCUGCACAUCCCGAUGACCUCCAUAUUCCUGUAUAAACGAUGUAAAUUGCUCUGUGCUGGUUUUUGUGCUUGCGCCAGGCUGCUGACAUCCAAACGUUAUAUAUAUAAUAUACAUUUCCCCCCUCCCUUUGAAAGGCUUUAAGUACUAUUUUAUUUUCUUCAUCUGUGGUUUUAUUUCUGCUUUAAACGGUCAUAGUGGGCUCGUUUGAAUGUGGUUUCCGUCUGUGAUGCACAACAGACGGGACACGUUUCCUGACGGUUCUUUUAUGCUGUAUGAUUGUAUUUAUACGAAUAUGUCUGCACAAAACAAGAGGAGGCUCGUGACCGGUGGUUUUUAAAAUAAAUAAAUAAAUAAAUUCCCCACAGAUCACCACGAGAGCCGCCUCGUCCCGUUUGAGCGUGUUCUCUCAGGUGGGCACACUAAACCCCACCCUCCGCCUACGGCAAACUACACUUCGCAUCUGCUCCUCUUCUGCCACACCAUGUGCCAAAAAAACCCCCAACGACACAAAACAAAAAACUUCUGAUCGGACUGGCUGAAGAACUGUCGGUGAACCCUGUCCGUGUGGGAUCGUUCUGCAAGGAAGUGCGUGCCUAUCGUUCGAGGACGCAGAUGAUUUUAUUUAUUUUUGUUUUAGAGAAUCGAGCUCCUGUCCUUGUUUAUCUUCAUUCAAUAAACACAUUAUCUUCUCAGA